UGUGCUAGUCUAUGUCCAUGGCGGAAAAUUUUAUUUGGAUUCGGAGAUUACUACAGGCCAGAAUACUUAAUAGAACAAGAUGUUAUCCUAGUAACACUGAAUUAUAGACUGCAUGCCUUAGGCUUUUUAUGCCUUCAUAUACCUGAAGCUGCAGGGAAUAUGGGCCUUAAAGAUACUGUAAUGGCAUUAAAAUGGGUCAAAAAUAAUAUAAGUCAGUUCAAUGGUGAUGACAAUAACAUCGUGGCGAUUGGCGAAAGCGCGGGAGCUGCUAUAGUCACGUCUUACUUAACUAGUGAAAUGGCAAAUGGCUUGGUGAAUAAGAUUAUAGCUUUAUCGGGAGUCUGUGUAUCAGAUUUGUUUAUUAUAGACGAUGACCCUAUAUUCAAGGCUAAACACUUAGCGUCAAUCUUUCAACAAGAAUUUAGCGAUGUGAGGAGUUUAUACGAGUAUUUAAAAAAUCUUCCGGUUGAAGAAUUAUUAUACGCAGCAGCCAUGGUUGAGUAUUCCAGACCACCGUCAAUAAUAAGUGCUUACUUUCUACCCGUUGUGGAAAAGGAAUUUGGGUAUAAGAGAUAUUUUGAAGAAUACCCUUAUAUAAAAAUCCAAGCCAAUCGACAUAAAAAAUUGCCUAUUCUAUUUGGCGUAAAUACCUAUGAAGGUGGUUACUUCAUACGCCAGGACAAAGAAGGAAACGUAAAAUUUGAGAAUGAUUUUCGUUAUUUUGUACCACGUUUCUUAUUUGUUCAACCAUAUAGUGCUGAUGCUGUGGAAAUAGCAAAAAAGAUAAGAAAAUAUUAUUUUGAUGAUGCAGCAAUAGAUCAAACGAAAAAACUGAAGUAUAUAAAUUUUGUAUCCGAUGCCUUUUUCAAAAGGGACAUUAUGACAUUUUUUAAUACUGUUGGAAAGUACUCUGAUAGUGAAUUAUAUGUGUUUCAACUUUCACAUUCGAGUAAAAUGAAUACCAGAAAAGCGCAACAGCUAGGACUUAAAGGCACUGUUCACGGAGAUCUGUUACAAUAUAUAUUUUACAGAAAGAACAAAGCUGACAUUGCAAAUGAAAGAGAUAGAGAAAUUAUAUCUAUUCUAAAUCAGUCAAUAAGUAAUUUUGCUAGAACUGGAGUUCCAAGAUGGCCCAAAAUGCACAUUGAAUGGAAACCGUACACAGAUCGUGAACGUCGUGUUCUAAACAUUGACGAGGACAUCAAAGUCAUUCAGGACUUUGGUGACGGAAUUGAUAGAUUUUGGAAUAGUUUGGGGCAGAGAUCAAAACUGUGAUACACUCAUUUUUUACUUGUUGUUUUUUGUACAGUUUAAAUGUUAAAAUUACUUUUGUUACCAAGUAUUUUUAAGAGAUUUAGAGAUGGAGAUUAUAUACAUUUGCUUCUAAGAUAUAUAGUUACAAUUAGUAUUAGAUUAAAUGGUAACACGGGUCAUGGUAGGGUAUUGCAUUUAUUUUUAUACUUACUACUUAGCGGAUCCCAGGCUCCCAUGAGCCGUGGCAAAUGCCGGGAUAACGCAUGAUGAUGAUGACUUACUACUUAAAUACAGUAAAUACUUGAGAAACAAUUACGAACAACAAUUAAAUACUACUGAACGUUUUUAAAACUGAGCUUGAACAAAUAUUUUAAAACGUGUAUAUCUGAAUAUAACGGUAUUUAGCA